AUGAGCGAUUUGGUCGAAUCAGCUGGUCAACUUGUUCAAAACGAAGAUGCCAAGACCCCGGUCGAUCCGAUCGACGAGCAUGUUCCGGACUCGGAGUCGGCAACAAGUGACAUUGUAGCGGCUUUUGUCGAAGCAUGCGACGCUGUCGAUGAUGUAUUUACUCGCCCAAUUGAUCCGUCUCCUUCUUCGGGCUGUCAAAAGCCGAAACAGGCGGUCCAGGGGUCUGGAGCAAAGUUCAUCCUCGAGAAAGUUGAGGAUUUUUUUACAGAAUCGGAACUUGAGAACUUGGAGAAUUGCUGCCCUGAUUGGAAAAAUCUCAGCCUCGCCCGACGACGAGUCAUAAUCUGUGAAAUUAAAGAAGCAUCUGCUUAUUUCGCUUAUGAAGACGCAAAACGACGAACAUUGAUGGCGAAAAGCUCCCUGACUUUUUACUGA